AUGACACAGCCAGACCCAAACUGGAACCCGCCUCGCGGACCCAGAAACCGCUACCCACACCGACGAGGCCACGUUCAAGCAUCAAGUGAUCCGAAUCCCGCUCCGCAGAUAUCGCAACCGCAAAGUCAGCAUACUGUGUCGAUUCGGAAUCCGCAGCAGCGGAACAGCGAUCCUUUCCAAUAUGAUACGCAGACAAUGCCAUACUGGGACGAUGCAAGCGGUGCAAUCCACGAUAUCUCCAACGCGACAUCCCGGAAUCUAGAUGCAACAUACGCGAAGGGCUUUGAUGUUGAGACUGGAGCUACGCAGGGCCAGCAACAGCAACAGCAGGAUCAAGUUGCGGGCCUUCAAACUUACGGUCAACAUCAGUGGCAUAAUCCGUAUGCCGAGAUUGUUGGCGGUGGACCAUAUGCGCAAGAUCAAGCAACCCAUCCAACAUCUACAUCUACGCCACCGAAGAACACAUCUAGGACCGCUAUCAAAGACAACAAGGGCGACAGGAGGGAUUUCACACCCUACUUCGACGCCGCAGACCCACGGAACCACACCGAUCUGAAAAGCCCAGAUAAAUACAACUUCCCCGGAACGAAAGACGUGAAUCAAAAGCUGCGCCAGGACACAACCGAUGCGAUCAAACUAGCAACAGAGAAGCGUGGAAAGAUGAAGGCAGACCAGGCAUUACCUUCGCUACCUGAACAUGAGCCAAAGACAACAAUAGUAAAGAGGAAGAGCGCGCCUCUUCCCCCUAUUCUACCUAGAUUCGCUUUCGAGAACCAACCAAUAAUAUCGCCGAAGCAUGCGAAGUCUCGAACUGCUUCGUUUGGGAAGAGUGCGGAAACCCCAACCCAAUACACCACCCCUCUUUCCGCGAUCAACGAGGCACCGUCUCCGCUGAGCAAAUCAAAUAAACGACAAAGUGUCGACCGCACACCCACGCUCGACCGCGUCCUCGCUCUCCGCGCAGAAGAACAAGCGAAAGCGCUUGCGCAACUCGAGGGCGAUGUUGUAGAAGACAAGGUUGUUGAUGAUAGCGAACAACAUAUUUCCCGCGAGUUGGUCAAGAGGAUAAGUGACGAGGAAAGUCGGUGUAUUCCUAGAGUCACGUCGAGGGAAGAGAAGCGGCAUGCGUCUGAGUUCGUUCCGGGUAUGAAAGUGCCGGGACUGGAUGAGCAGGAGGGCGUUUGUGUGAUGGAUGAUCCGGAUGUUGGGAAGAGGGAGGAGGAGGGGGAUGGUAAGGGGGGCUGCAUGUAUAGCAGUGAGAAGAAUGCUCAAGAAGACGAGAUUGAGAAGUUGACCAAGGCGAUUGCAGGUCUGCAUCCGUUUCAAAAUCUACCGCCUUCGUCGUCGUCGCCGAAGAAGAAAGCGUUCGAGCGGCAGAGCGCUGUGCCAGUUGGAUUGGAUGUGGGGAAGAUUGGGAAGGGGAAAGGGGGAAUCAAGGAUGGAGCUGGAUCUAAGACAAAGCCGGAGGAACUAGGUGGAAGGACGCAAGUUGAGGCAGAAGCGGAGCUUCUGCAGGUACUCAAUGCGACGGCUGAAGGCGCUGGUAGGGGGAGUGCGGGUAUGGGAACGUCGCAAGAGAACUCAUCGGCGGAGUCUUUUGCGACGGUGUCAUCGGACGACUACGAACAGAUUCGGGCGGAGGAUGAGCUGGCGUCGGAGCAGAAUGGCGUGAAGAGGCGGUGGUAUAAGGGCUUUCGGAAGGUUUGA